UGCUGGAACUCUGUGAUGCUGAUUGAAGGGAAAGAGGAGGCGGUCAAGUCCUGCCUGUCUCCCUCCCAGAUGAAGGGCCAGGUCUUCUGCUAUAGCUCGCGGAACGUCUCCAAGAGGAACUGCUGUUUCACCGACUUCUGCAACAACGCGACGCUUCAUCUGCCAACAGGGGGAAACAGCUGGAGCAACCUGGAGCUGGUGAUGGUGAUCCUGGUGCCUGUUUGCCUGUUGUGUGUCAGCGUCCUACUGUGGGUCCACACUCUGCAUGGACAGCACUGUAUCUACAGGACAGCCAACACAAGUGAAAUGGAGGAGCCUUUGGAUGACCAGAUGUCCCCUGACAAGCGUCUCAAAGAACUCAUAUUUGACAUGAGCACCUCGGGGUCUGGAUCUGGACUUCCACUGCUUGUCCAGAGGACAAUAGCCAGGACGAUUGUCCUGCAGGAGAGCAUCGGGAAAGGCCGGUUUGGGGAGGUGUGGCGGGGGAAGUGGAGGGGAGAGGAUGUGGCGGUGAAGAUAUUUUGGUCGCGGGACGAGAGGUCCUGGUUCCGGGAAGUGGAGAUGUACCAGACCAUCAUGCUCAGACACGAAAACCUUCUGGGCUUCAUUGCUGCUGACAAUAAAGACAACGGGUCAUGGACUCAGCUUUGGCUGGUGUCAGAAUACCAUGAGCAUGGAUCCAUGUUUGACUACCUGAACAGGUACACAGUCUCUGUGGAGGGGAUGGUCAUCCUUGCCGUCUCUAUAGCCAGUGGACUCGCUCACCUACACAUGGAAAUCAUCGGUUCUCAGGGAAAGCCUGCCAUUGCUCAUAGAGAUUUAAAAUCGAAGAAUAUUUUGGUGAAGAAGAAUGGUACUGCUGUCAUUGCUGACCUGGGCCUGGCGGUGAAGCAUGAUUCAGUCACCAGCACUACAAAUAUUCCAUCCAAUCACAGAGUGGGAACAAAGAGGUAUAUGGCUCCAGAGGUCCUGGACGACACAAUCAACAUAAACACGUUUGAGUCGUUCAAGAGGGCUGACAUCUACUCCUUGGGCUUAGUGUUCUGGGAAAUGGCAUGGAGGUGCCCUGUGACAGGGAUCUAUGAAGAUUAUCAGCUGCCUUACUAUGACAUGGUGGCUUCAGAUCCAUCAGCAGAAGACAUGAAAAGGAUUGUCUGUGACCAAAAAUUGAGACCCAGCAUUCCCAACCAAUGGCAAAGCUGUGAGGCACUGAGGGUGAUGGGUAAAAUAAUGCGUGAGUGCUGGUAUGCCAAUGCUGCUGCUCGCCUCACUGCACUACGGAUAAAGAAAACCGUCUCCCAGAUGACCAUCAUCAUGAAUGGCAAAGACUCGCUGGCCUCUCGGCUAACAUGAAUGUAAAGGUUCUGGUUCCAGACCUCAAUUGUGGACCUUCAACCAUGAACAGUAAGUGCCCUGCAGUGGCAGUGCUUGGCUUUCUAUGCCAAAGAAACGAGAUGUUAUUCAGAUGCAAAAGUUACUGUUAGGAUGCAUAUCCUCACCAUAAUGGUCAUAUGAGACCAAGAAAAUGCAGGUAUAUUGUAUAGAUUCCACACUACCUCAAAAAGUGGCUAGAGAAGCUGUACAGCAAGCCAUUCAUGUAAUGCUCAAAAAUAUGUGUAUUGAUUGUACUUUGCACCUGCUGCUAUGCCUGACUGUGCAGGAAAUUUGUGGUCUGUUCCGUGGAGGUUACCACAUUUCCCCACAAUCGGUAGAGCUAAAUACUUUAUGCCUGUGAAUGA